AGCAGAGUGUUGACGAAGUGCAGAGAGAGAGAGAGCGAUAGAGAGCGCGCGCUCGGUCAGUCAGUCAGUCAGUGAGUCCUCUCCCUGUUUCCUGGCCGUUUCCGGUCCUCUCCCUGUUUCCGGUGCUGCUUGCUGAGGUGUCGGUGGUUCUGCGGCUCGGUGUCGGUUCUGCGGGAGUGAUGGGCCUCGGCGCGCUGCAGGACAGACAGCAGGCUGUAAAUCUGAGCGCGCGCUGUGUUUCUGUUCCCCUCAGUCGGUAAAGCGAUACUCCGGUUCUCACCGACGCAUACCGGUACCGAUAUCUCUGACUGGAUUUUUCACACCGACUGGGAAGUUGAGCCCAGUGUUUGAGGAUUGUUUUUGGAGGAAAUGGAGGCUGUGAUGGAGAAAGAGUGCAGUGCUUUAGGAGGCCUCUUUCAGGCCAUCAUUCAUGACAUGAAGAGCAGUUACCCCGUCUGGGACGAUUUCAUCAGUAAAGCGGGAAAACUGCAGUCUCAGCUGAGGACGACGGUGAUGGCUGUGGCCGCCUUCCUGGAUGCCUUUCAGAAAGUAGCUGACUUGGCCACUGGGACACGAGGAGGCACCAGAGACAUCGGCUCGGCUCUGACCAGGAUGUGUAUGAGGCACAGGAGCAUCGAGGCCAAGCUGAAGCAGUUCUCCACGACUUUUAUCGACUGCUUCAUGAACCCUCUUCAGGAGCAGCUGGAGGAGUGGAAGAGAGGUGCAAACACACUGGAUAAGGACCACGCCAAAGAGUAUAAAAAAGCUCGGCAGGAGAUUAAGAAGAAAUCCUCAGACACUCUGAAACUGCAGAAGAAAGCAAAGAAAGGGAGAGGGGACAUCCAGCCUCAGCUGGACAGCGCCGUCCAGGAUGUGACGGACAAAUACCUGCUGCUGGAGGAGACGGAGAAGCAAGCGGUGAGGAAGGCGCUGAUCGAGGAGCGAGCACGCUUCUGUAUCUUCGUCUCCAUGCUCCGGCCCGUUGUGGAUGAGGAGAUGGCCAUGCUGGGUGAGAUCGUCCAUCUUCAGACCAUCGCCGAGGACCUCAAAGCUUUGACGAUGGACCCCCACAAACUGCCACCCGCCAGCGAACAGAUCAUCCACGAUCUAAAGGGUUCGGAUUACAGCUGGUCCUACCAAACACCCCCUUCGUCUCCAAGUACCACCAUGUCCAGGAAGUCCAGCAUGUGCAGCAGUCUGAACAGUGUGAACAGCAGCGACUCGCGCUCCAGCGGCUCACUGUCUCAUUCGUCCUCCCCGCUCUGUCGCUACCACAGCAUCACCGUGCCGCAGCAGGUCCCCGCCCGCCUCGCCAGUGUAUCCUCGCACGACUCAGGCUUCGCCUCACACGACGCUUUCCAGUCCAAGUCGCCUUCACCCAUGCCCUCCGACCCCACCUCUCAGCUUCCUUCCAGCUGUGCUUCGUUGGAUUCCUCUGAGUCGGCUCAGUCAGUCAGCGAGUGCAGCUCUCCCACUGAAAAGCUGACAAACGGCUACGGCCACUACGCCCCUGCAGAGGCCUCGUACUCAGCCGGAGUGGCCUUCCCCUUCACUCCAAAUCCCUCCUCCUCCCACUCCUCCUCCUCCCCUUCAUCCUCCUACUCUUCCUCCACUCUGAGGUCGUGGUCGAGGCCAGGCUCAGCGCUGAUGCCCGAUUACCCCCAUUACUCCACGCUGACCCCUGGCAUGCUCCCCCCAUCCUCCAAGAUCCCCAGCUGGAAGGACUGGGCGAAACCAGGCCCGUACGAUCAGCCCAUGGUGAACACGCUGAGGAAGAAGAAGGAGCCGAAGGAGGUGGUGGACUCGAACAACUCGUACCAGCCGACAGUAAACUCCACACAGCCCGAGGACAAUCAGAAAACCAGGAGCAUCACGAAUACACCGAAGGAGGUGGAGGUUCAGCAGGAUUUGGCUUUGGCUCUCUCUCGUGGUCUGCAGUUGGACGCUCAGCACUCCAGCAGAGACUCGCUCCAGUGUUCCAGUGGAUAUAGCACUCAGAGUACCACGCCCUGCUGCUCUGAGGACACCAUCCCCUCUCAGGUGUCCGAUUACGAUUAUUUCUCCGAGCAGCAGGACUUCGAUAAAUCCUCCACCGUCCCGCGGAACAGCGACCUCGGCCAGACUUACCGCAAGCUGUUCCAGACCAAGCGCCCCGCCUCCACCGCCGGCAUCCCCUCCGUCCCCACGGUCCCGGGCGUGGCCACCAUUCGCCGCACCCCAUCCACCAAACCCUCGGUGCGCAGGGGCACCGGCCCCGUCCCGAUCCAAACCCCGGUCAUCCCCGUCAUGACCCCGACUGUGCCUGACUUCACAGGGGUGGAGCCGAACGAGGAGGUGGAGCCAGAAUCCGUCCUGCCGGUGGAGUCGUGGAGCGGUCAGGCGUCAACGAACCCGCCCCUGUCCGCUGCCUCCGAAGGGUCUGAGGGCACUGUGGAGGAGCCGGACACCAUGCUGCAGAGCAUCCGGAGAGGAGUGAGACUGAAGAAGACCGUCACCAACGACCGCUCGGCGCCUCGCAUCCCAUAAUACUCCAGCAUUUACGCUCAUCACGAGCAUUUACUCUGGGUUCGGGUUCGACGCGUUUAGUCUCCGCUCAGACGGAAGAGGCGUCUCUCCUAUCGUUAAUUUAUUUUACUCUCGGAUCAUUCUUCUUCUCGGACGCGUUUUCUGGACGAUUAGCCACAAAAAUUCUGUUUACGUAUUUUUUUUUUAAAGUCAUUGUCACUUCAGUGUACAGAUCACAUUCACAUCGUGAUCAGUUUUUCUGUUCGGCUCCUCCUACAAGUGCAGUUUAGCGUUUGUCCUGUUUGUGUUGCCAUAGUUACCGUCUCUCUCUCUCGCGCUCUGUCUUUCCCAGGUCUGAAUCCUACAGCCAAUUUUAACGCUAAACUGGUGUCGUUCGCUUCAUUAUUAUACAGAGAUUUCGUUUGUUUUUGUUCCACAGUGACGCUAAAAGUGUAAAUGUGAUGUUUUCUUCACAGGACGGUAAAGAAAAUACCAAGUUUCAGUUUAAAUUCACAAAUAAUAGUUUACUUUGAAAGCAAAGUGAUGUAAAGCGCGCUGUGUGAGAAUUUCUUAUUUGAUGUCACUGUUUUAAUCACUAAUUAAACAAAGAGAUAAAGAUUUGUUCGCGUUUAGUUUCUUCCUGGUGUCUCGUUUUCAUCCAACAAAAACGCGCAGAAACGUAACGUAGUCGAUGUGUAUGAUAUGUCGAUAUCAAACAUGUAUGAAGUGUCGUGAUGCAUCAUAGCUGUUAGCUCGCUGGCGAACGUUUCGCUCGUCACCGUGUCCAAGCUGCAAAGUGAAAUUUAACCAAACGACUUUUUAUGAUCAUCAAAACACGACUGUUCGAUCUGAUUCGUCAGCACAUAAUUAACGAACGUUUGGCAACAGUUCCUACGUCAAGACUGUGCGCUGCCUAGAGAGGCUGCCGACCGAGGGGCGUGGCUUCUGAUCGGCACACGAGUGUGUGCGAACGAAAUGUGUUUUCUCCCUGCAGGAAAUCUCACACAACUCGAUUUAAAGCGUUGAGGAUAAAACAAUGCUCUAAACUCGCGACACUAGCAGGCGAAUCACUAACCUGUUGAUAAGGACCGUAAUUAUCAGAGUAGCAGGUCUACCGUAAGUACACUAAUGGAUGCGCGUGUUUCAGCUGGUCAGUUUAACGCAGAAAUAUAAAUCCGAGCAGCGAAACGUCUCUGAUAGUCCAGGAAAUCCGUUCAGUUCCUUUGUUUUGUCUUGUAUUUCUGCGCAUCGCUUUAUAGGACGUGAACUGCUGGUUUAAUUCUUUAAAACAACACUCUGAUGAUGGAGUGAGAAUUUGUAACAAUGAAACAAAUGUUUAGUGCAGUGUUAUUAAGGCUGUUUUUAUUUUUACUUUUUUUUUGGAAAAUUUUUACGUAAAAUGCUCAUUUUGAACACGUCGUUAACCAUAUAAUAAUCUACGAUAUUAAGUAUAUUUUUUGUUGUUAUUAUUGUUAUUAUUAUUAUUAAUCUGCAAUAAAUAAUCCAAACUCAACCAUUAGCAUUAGCAAAAAAAAAAAAGAUAUAGUUUGUAUAAAAAAUGAAGUGUAAAUAAUGACUGGGCGGAGCAGCAAAUAUUAAGUUAUUGAUCCACUUGGUGAAGUAAAUCCCGCCCUCUUUCCUGUGAGAUACUGUAUAUUCUGUUAAUACACUACGAGGUAAUUCACACAGAUAAAACACACACACACACACACACACACCUCGUCCAGGUUCAUUUCACACGUUCGUGUUCUCUCUCAAAAUCAAACCCAGUCUCUUAAAACUGGUGUAAAAAAUGAACUUUUUCUUCUUUAACUUCCAGAAUUCAUCCGUUUCUUAUUUAAAUGUUGGUGCUGUUUUUUUUUUUUUUUUUUUUUUUUUUUUUUUUCUGUAAUAUUUGUGGAUCGGAGUAAUUUCGGCUCCACCGGAUGAAAUAAAUCGCUUCACUCUUCAGCGCGACACUGAAACCAUCAAACCUUCUGCUUGUGUUUGUUUCAUUCGAACCGCAGACCAUCGUCGACUCGCGAGGGAGCUGGUUAGCUGUGUUAGCUGGUUAGCCAUCUUGCUAACGAGCGAGCGGCAAAGUUGGAUCAGUUGGUGAUGGAAAGCGAAUUUGAAAACAAAUGACUGUAAAAUGUUCUAUUUUUUGAGACAUUAAAUAUAUUAUUCCUCCA